GUGGUAGAGUUUUGGAACGUCUGUGCGUUGUAGAGGGAACACUCUCGAGGAAGCCGCGGGCGACCCUCCGGUUGCUGAGAGGUCGAACUUCCCGAGUCUCUCGACGGAUUCCGACUCCUUUCGUACUCCGAUUGCCAUCCAAACGUCGGGUCUCCGUUGGUUGCCAUACAGCAUGUUGAGAAUACUUUCUGGGUCGGUGAGGAGGAGCGCAGUCGAAUUUCUGGCCGUGAGAGCUUUAUCGACUCGUCUUGACGACGCUGCUAAGCGACUGAAGACACUGCAAGAAGAACCCGAGAACGAUGUGAAACUCAAGAUUUACGCUCUGUAUAAACAGGCGACUGUGGGAGACGUCAACAUUCCGAAACCGGGCUCUUUCGAUUUCGUUGGAAAAGUCAAGUGGGUCGCGUGGAAGAAAAUCGAGGGGACGCCCAAGGAGAAAGCAGAAGACGAGUACGUGGAGCUCGUCGAGUCGCUUCUCAGCAGUGAAGAGAAGUCGGGCGCAACAUCAUCGACGAUGGACUCAUCAGUUCCCGGCAUCGUGAAAACUUUCGAAAAUGGAGUUCUGACAAUCCGGCUUGACAGGGUCGCGAAGAAGAAUGCCAUGACGCUGGAAAUGUAUCGACAACUCACAAAAAUGAUCAAUGACGCCGCCGCCGACGAAAGCGUGAACUUCUUCGUUCUGACCGGAAGCGGUGACUUCUUCUCGAGCGGGAACGACCUCGGUAAUUUCAUCGAGAAGCUCAAUACGGGCGCUGAUUUGCACGAAAUGGCCGUCGACUCGGCAAACCUCGUGCUUCACUACGUCAACGCAUUCAUAAACUUCCCAAAACCGAUGAUUGCGCUCGUGAACGGACCCUCGAUCGGAAUCGGAUGCACGAUUCUCGGGCUCUUCGACUUGGUUUACGCUUCGGACAAAGCAUACUUCCAGACUCCUUUCUCACAACUGGGUCUGAAUCCGGAAGGUUGCUCGUCCUACACUUUCCCGCAGCUGUUCGGAGGCCCCCUCGCGGCGGAAGUUCUCCUGAUGAACAAGAAGGUCACGGCGGAAGAGGCUCUGAGUGCUGGAUUCGUGACUAGCGUAUUUCCGGCGGCAGAAUUCGAUGCCGAAUGUAAGAAGAAAGUGGACUAUAUCAGCAAGCAACCGCCCAAAUCGUUGAUGCACUCCAAGGCUUUGAUGCGAGCCCCCCAUCGGGCAGCUUUGCUCAAAGCGAACGAGGAGGAAUGCAAGAGACUCGAAGAGAGAUUCACAUCCGACGAAGCUAUGCGAGCGGUGGCAAACUUUUUCAAAGCGAGGGGGUCGAAAAUGUAGGGGAUUUCCCAGAUCCUAUUCACCAGAUAGAGAGAGAGCCCGUUACUCGGUGAAACGAGUUCGGAAACUUGUUUCGAUAUGUCGACGAGUGUUCCCGACGCGGGAAGGUUUGUAAUUCUGUUCCGGGGGCCAUGUAUGGGAACGAACUCAAUAAAGUCAGAUGUUUUGGGAG